UCUCAAGCAAUCCUAAAUUCCCUAUUCCUUCAAAAACCGGAGGAACGAAGUGGGAGCGGAAGAAGAUGAUCAUUUCUCGAUUGCUCCAGUCACAAUCCUCGCUUCCUAGAAUUUAACAGUAUAAUGGCUAUAUCCAACAAUGGGAGACUGUUGUCAACAGACUCUAACGUGGUUGAUCAAACAUUAAGAUCUAACAGCACUGAAGCAUUAGAUGCCAAACCACCUCCAACAGAGAAGCUACUUGUUCUAGGCGGCAAUGGUUUUGUUGGCUCACAUAUAUGUAGAGAAGCUGUACAGCAAGGUUUAGCUGUAUCUAGUCUUAGCAGGUCUGGGAGGUCCUCUCUGCAAGAUUCUUGGGCGAAUGAUGUUGUCUGGCAUCAAGGGGAUUUGCUUUCACCUGAUUCAUUGAAGCCUGCACUAAGUGAAGUUACUUCUGUGAUAUCAUGCGUUGGUGGUUUUGGCUCAAACUCACAUAUGUACAAGAUCAAUGGAACAGCAAACAUAAAUGCCAUUCAAGCUGCCUCAGAACAGGGUGUAAAAAGGUUUGUGUAUAUCUCUGCUGCUGAUUUUGGUUUGGUGAACUAUUUACUGCGAGGAUAUUAUGAUGGAAAGAGAGCGACUGAAGCUGAGUUGACUAAUAAAUUUCCAGAUGGAGGUAAGUCCCUUUGUCUCUGAUUCUCUGUUUUAUGCCCCAGGUAUUUGAUUGUACUAUGUUUUGAACAAGGAGGAAGCUGAGAGUCAGAUUACUUGAGCACAUCCUCCCAGCUAAUUUUGGGGCAAUGGACUUUAGGUGGUAACUCUAAUAUUGAAACAAAGGAAGUAGUACUUCAGGACUAAAAUCAAGUAAAUCAAAAAAUGCAUUUCAAUUGAUGCUCCAUUAUUAAAGAAAUGUCUAUUAGGAGUGGCUAAUCUAACGUGAGAAGAUAGUCUCUUUUUUUCCUGUAUUUACUUUUUCAUCAUGAGAUGCAUAAUCAGUUAAGUAGUUAUAUUGGAUUAAGACUAUAAAGCAACCUUUUCUUUUCCUUGUCAACAGGAAUAAUUCUGAGGCCAGGCUUCAUACAUGGGAUGCGCCAAGUUGGGAGCAUAAAAUUGCCUCUUAGUAUCAUUGGAGCUCCCCUAGAGAUGGUACUCAAACAUGCAAAACCCCUAACCCUGAUUCCACUCAUUGGUCCACUAUUUAUACCUCCAGUGAAAGUGAGUUCAGUGGCUAAGGUCGCUGUCAGAGCUGCAAUAGAUCCAUUGUUUCCUACUGGCAUUGUUGAUGUAUUCCAAAUACUGCAACAUAGCCAACAAAAGUCUGCUUAGGCUUGUUAGGUACUUCCCUUUUAUCAUCUUCCCAAGAUUUUAAUUAAACACAUCCUUGGAUCUUGCUGCAUCCGCUGUUAAGAUCCUUAUUGCACAAAAGAUAAUACAAAUAAAAAGUCAAUGUUUUG